AUGGUACGAGUUAUUAUCAAAGGAGGUGUUUGGAAAAACACAGAGGAUGAGAUUCUCAAAGCAGCUAUCAUGAAAUAUGGUAAAAACCAAUGGAGUCGAAUUGCUUCAUUGUUGCACAGAAAAUCAGCGAAACAAUGUAAGGCUCGUUGGUUUGAAUGGUUGGAUCCUGGAAUCAAGAAAACCGAAUGGUCCCGUGAAGAAGACGAAAAAUUGUUGCAUUUGGCGAAACUUAUGCCAACACAAUGGAGAACAAUUGCUCCAAUUGUCGGAAGAACUUCAGCUCAAUGUUUAGAACGAUAUGAACAUUUAUUGGAUGAAGCACAACGAAAAGCUGAAGGAUUGGAAGAUGAAACAACUGAAGCGAGAAAAUUGAAACCAGGAGAAAUUGAUCCAACUCCAGAAACAAAACCAGCAAGACCAGAUCCAAUUGAUAUGGAUGAUGAUGGUAAUAAAUAUAGUUAUUUUUUGCAAAAUUGAUAAUUUUAAAUAUUUUUCAGAACUCGAAAUGUUAUCCGAAGCUCGUGCUCGUUUGGCCAAUACUCAAGGUAAAAAAGCGAAAAGAAAGGCAAGAGAAAGACAAUUAUCGGAUGCUCGAAGACUUGCUUCACUUCAAAAACGUCGUGAAAUGAGAGCGGCUGGUUUAGCAUUUGCAAGAAAAUUCAAGCCGAAAAAUAAUCAAAUUGAUUAUAGUGAAGAGAUUCCUUUUGAAAAACACGUUCCUGCUGGAUUUCAUGAUCCAAGCGAAGAUAGAUAUGUUGUUGAAAAUUCUCAUCAAAAAGCAAUCGAUGAUCAUCAAAAACCACGAGGUCGAGAAAUUGAAAAUGAAAAAAGAAAAGAAGAUCGAGAAAAGCUCAAGAAGAGAAAGUAUGGUUUUCAUUCGAAUUAAAUUACAAAUUAAAACUCCAAUUUUUUUUGCAGAGAGCAAGGUGAAGCUGAUGCAGUUUUCAAUAUUCGCGAGAAAAAACGAAGUAAAUUAGUUCUUCCGGAGCCUCAAAUCAGUGAAAGAGAACUCGAACAAAUUGUAAAAAUUGGUCACGCUUCGGAUAGUGUUCGACAAUUUAUUGAUGGAAAUGCAACAAGUGGAUUGUUAACAGAUUAUACAGAAUCGGCGAGAGCAAAUGCAGUUGCAGCAAGAACAAUGAGAACACCAAUGCCUAAAGAUACUAUUCAAAUGGUAGGGUUUUUGAAACAUUUUCAGAACAAUACAGCUAACUUCUGUUGGAAAGUCAUAAUUCUGAGCAGAUUUUGAAACAUUUCAAGAUUAUCACAAGUUACAAAAAUCAAAUAUGUUGUGUUUUUUCAGGAAAUCGAAAAUAUAAUGGCUCUACAAAACACUGAAUCUGUUUUAAAAGGUGGUUUGAAUACUCCUUUACAUGAAUCAGAAUUGGGAAAAGGAGUUUUGCCAACUCCAAAAAUUUCGGCAACUCCAAAUACAGUUCUUCAUGCGAUUGCUGCUACUCCACAAACACAAUUAGGUGGUGGAGAAACACCAGGAUUUGCAACACCCGGUGGAAUUGGAUCAACACCAUUUAGAGAUCAAAUGAGAAUUAAUGAUGAAGCUGGAAUUGGAAAUGCAUUUGAACAGAAAGCGAAUUUGAAAAGAGCAUUAGCUAAUUUGCCAACACCGAAAAAUGAUUUCGAAAUUGUUGCACCAGAUGAUGAAGGAAAAGAUGAAGAUGAAAAUGAUGGAGAAGAAAAUGAAGAAUGGAUUGAAGAUGCAUCUGAAAGAGCUGAAAAGAAAGCAAAAGCAAAUGCUGAAACUCGAUUGAAAAAUCUUGCAUUGAGAUCACAAGUUGUACAAAGAAAAUUACCAAAACCAAGUAAAGUAAACGAAGGAGCAUUGAGACCAACAAAUGGAACUAGUGAAUUAGCAAAAGCUGAUGAUCUUAUCAAAUUAGAAAUGUCUCGAUUACUUAAUUGGGAUGUUGAUAAUAAAAUACCUGAAUUGAUUGUUAGUCGAGAAGAUUUGGAUAAUGCGAGUGAAAUCAUCAAGUAAGUUGAAGUUUUGAUUGUGAGACUAUGUGAAAAAAUAUCAAACUUGAAAUUCAGAGUUUUUCCUAUUUAAAUUCUGAAUUCAAAGUGUCUUCUGAAAAAAAUUAUGAUUAUUUCUUGGUUAAAUCUGAUUUAUUUUUUGCAGACAAGAAGCUGAAACAGGACCAGAAAUGAAUGAUAUGAUGUGGAAUGUUGUUGAUCAAUGUACAUCCGAACUAAUAUUCAGCAAGAAUAAGUUUUCAAGAAUUGCGAUUCUACCAAAAACUGAGCAAUUAGAAGCAUUGAAUCAACAAUUCCAAUUGCAUCGUGAUUGGAUGAAUAGUCGAGCGAAAAAAGCAGCAAAAGUUGAAAAGCGAUUACGAGUCAAAUUGGGAGGUUAUCAGGUUGGUUCAUUUUCACGCUUGUUUUAAUCCACAAAAUGUUUUUUUUAAAUCGAAGUUUUAAAAAAGAUUUAUUGCAAAAUCAAGAAAAAAUCAAAUAUUUCCAAAAGAUUUAUUAUUAUGAUGUUUUUAAAUUUUUCAAAAUAAAACAUUGAAAAAACUUCAUUUACGUGAACUUGAUUCAAUAAAGUUCAUUUGAUUUCCAUAAAUUUAGGUUUCGUGUUUUUCCUUCCUACAGUAAUCUUUCUCUUGACCACACCAAAAAUGUUGCGAUUUUAUAUCCCAAUCACAUAAACAUACAUUUUUACAAUCCCCCGUCAUCUUCUUCCAAUUCUUUUAUUCAUUUUGUUCUUUUUUUCCCGAAACCCCAUUCUAAACGAUACCCCGUUGUGUGUUGAAAUGGUGAGAGAAAAAAAAGGAGAGAGGCGUACCCAUUACCGUAAUUUAUGUCUUUUUCCUCUUGUUGGUUAAAGAAGCAAAAAAAGAAUAGGAAGAAGAAGACUCGAUUAGGACAAAACGAAUAAAUUAAAAGAUAUAUGUGUGACGUUUUUUGGGUGUGAGGUGUCAGGCUCUUUUUCUCUUGAUUAGUAUUGUGUUUUUUCUUUUUGAAAAAUGAAAGAGAAUGGGUUACGGUAGUUUGAAUAAGGUUUGGGUAGAAAAUAAACAUAAUAUGGGAAAUAGAACUUUCAAAUUGGAAAAGUCGUAAAGUUCUAAAUCAGAUUUUCACAUUUUUAUGGCGAACCUGAAUUCGAUAUUUCAUAGCUCGGAAAAAAAAUUAAAAUUGGUACUUUCUUGAAAAUAUUUUUGAAAUCAAAUAAAAAUUUUAUCAAAACACGCAUCAAUCAGAAUUUUAUUUUACGUGGAUUUUUCAUUCAACAAUAUCGGGGAAAAUCCACGUGGUUACUGAAAUUUCAAUUUCCGGUUUUUGAGAUAUAAAAAAAGAAAAGUAGUUUUUUUUUCAAAAUUAUAUUCUGUUUUACUAGAGGCGGCUGACCAAGUUUUGAUCUCGAUCCCUUUUUUCCUCUCAAACUCAAAAAAUAUUCCCGUCUUCUUUUUCUCAAAUAUUUUAUUCGUCAUUUUAUAAAAGAGAAAGAGUAAGUGUUGUUAUGUACUACACAACACAACAUCCUAUUUUUCUCAUAGCACAGAUUAUGGAAAUUGUGGUCGAAACAACAUACACAUACAAAUACACUCACGCAAUAUUAUUUCACUAAUUUAUGUUAAUUUAUGAGUUUCUGUUUUUUUCAGGUGAUCCAUGACAAAUUGAGUAAGAAAUAUCAAGAAGUUGCAAAUGAUGUCGAAAUGGCGAAAAUUGAAAGAAAUACAUUUUUGUGAGUGAUAUUGAAAGAAGCAAAUAAUUAAAAUGAGUUUUUAGGAGAUUGGCUGAACACGAGAAAAAAGCGAUUAAUAAAAGAGUUGGAAGAUUGCAACAAGAAGUAUCAACACAGGAAAAACGGGAAAGUGAAUUACAAAAAACAUAUUCGAAGUUGUCAGGUUUGUCCCUUUGUUCUUUUUUUUCUGUUUUUUUGUCAAUUGGAUUAUCUUUGCUGUAUUGUUGUCUUCAAAAAGGAAAACAAUUGUUGACCCUUGACACAUGCAGCAGAUGAUUGACAAAAAGGGAGUGAUUUAUUGAGUCAGUCUGAGUCCAAGUGGGAAAAUAAUAAAGUGUUGUUUUUGUAGAUCAACAUUGGAAGAUUUCGCAAAUUGAAAUACGAGAUUCCGCAUCGACAACAGGACAACCAGUUUCUUAUUGA